AAAAGAAAAUAUUUUUAGUUUUUUUUUUUUUGCAUUCCCUACCCAAGAACCACACAAGGAAGCAAGCACGCAACACCUUUCUUCCGUCCUUGUCUACACCGUCUUUUCUUUGAUCUUUCUCGAGCAUCCACAAGCUCUCCUCUGCACUCGACCCGGCCAUAUAUCUCGUACGAUAAAAAGAACCAGGAAUAAAAUACGGAACAGGAAGGACAGGACUAUGAAGGAUCACCAGGAUGCGUGUCCUGGUCAGGGUCAGGGCUGGAUUGGGUCGGCGCCCGUUCUUCCCUACUUUGUUCUGCAUAGUCUACAAUACCGGCAAUCCAUUGCAUCUCCAUUCCUGCAGAACAAAGUUCCCUUCUUCGACCCGCGACCUGAUCAAAAGGAAUAAGGAACGAGAAGAGAGGAUCCUCCUGAGCACGCACGCAAGAGCAGCAGCAAUAGCCGAAAACAACAACAACCAACAACAACAACAGCAGCAGCAGCAGCAACCCAUUUUCAUAAAACAGCUGCUCCGUGCUCUCCUCCUUUCCAUCCCCAUCCACAUCCUCAGUUCAGAUUUCAAUUUCUUCCUUUUUUUUAUUGCGUCCAUCCCUUCCCCCCACUCUCCCCUCCCCCCAUGGUCUCUUCAUCCCCCUCAGGACCAACCGUCCCUCCCCCUCCUUCCUCCUCUGGCCUGCAUCCACAGCCAACGUACCAUCAUCCACAGCCAUAUCAUUCCCAUCCCUACCACCACCCACAGCAUCAUCCUCAGCAACAACAGCACCAUCCAAACCAUCGCCACCCAUAUCCAUCAUCGCCAUCGUCGUUGUCGUCGCUGUCAUCUCAAAACAUUCCGCCAAAGCAACAACCAACUGCCGCCUCCUCUCGCCCCUCCCACGCCCGCUCCUACUCCUCGACCUCGGCAUCAUCUCUAGCACCAGUCGACCCGCCGCCUGGCAUGAUGGUGAAGCAACAGAAGCAGCAACCAUAUCCCGCCCCAACACAACGGCAACAAGGUCCUCAUCCUCAACAACAACAGCAACAGUCUCAACCACUUCAACAGCUGCACGGGGAUCACGAGCACAUGCAUGCGCCUCAUGCACGGUCGCAAGUACAACCACAAGUACAAGCACAAGCACAAGCACAAGCACAAACUCAAGCACAGGUACAAGCUCAAGCACAGGUACAAGGAAAAACACAAGGGAAAGCACAGGG